AUUCACUAAACCUGUUCACACCGGAGUAAAAACAUCCUUAGUUACCAGGCCAACAAUCCCAACGCCGAGCAGAGCUGCCAUCCCACUGCUGGAGAAACAGUGAGCAUUAACAGAAGAGAGUAGCAGAGCUGCUAUCGCUGGGAACAACCCAUUGCGGCCGCCAGAGUUCAAACUCCGUCGCACGUGGCCAAGAAAGAACAAUCCAGACGCAGCGUGUACAUCAUCUCCAGUUUCAGCAUCAGAAACUCCGGCGUGAUUUUUGCCUUGUCCACCGGUCCUCCGCCCACUGAUGGGUAGCAGAGUUUAGGGCGAUUGAGGUGAGUAGCAGAGAUUUCUCGAAUCCCGUCCGUUUGCUACCAUGACCGACUUAGGAGAGUUGAAAAAACUCCCGUGACCAGUUAAUGGGUUGUCUAUUAGAUUACUAAGGAGAGGGUAUUUUUCACUGUUUUGGCUGAGCCUGUCUUCAAUUUUCAACAUUCAUUCCACCAACUUCAACAAUGGCAAAAGUAUUCGACUUUCCUAUCAUUCUCCAUUCUCAGGCCUGCUACUGCCGUUACAAUUAUCCACUUCCUUAUUCUCAACACCCAUUGAUUUUCACCCCAACGGCCGAGCCCAGACUCAAGCCAAACUUCCCCAAACUCAAAUCUUCAUACUCCUAUGAUAAUAAUAACCAGACAGAAAAAAGUAGUGCAAGAAGAGGGCUUCAUUAUCAUAGUUCAAGAAAGAGGGUGUUUUUCUUGGAUGUCAAUCCUCUGUGUUACAAUGAAGGUACCUGGUCUUUCCAGUAUUUUGCUCACUGGAUCUCCCUAUUCUUAGCUGACGUCAGCAAUGGUGAACCUGUUGUUGCUGUUAUUGAUGGGGAAAGAGGCAAUGAGUACAGGAGGAACCUAUUGCCUACCUAUAAAGCGAAUAGGAAGAGGCCUGGAGGUUCAGUCUCUGGAGGCUUUAUAAGAACUUCAGUUGAAAGGUCACAUAAAGUCAUCUUGGAUGUUCUUAAGAAUUGUAAUGUGCCUGUUGUUAAGAUUGAGUCGCAUGAAGCGGAUGAUGUUGUAGCUACACUCGUGGCGCAAGUCCUGCAGAAAGGGUUUCAAGCUGUAAUUGCUUCACCAGACAAAGAUUUCAAGCAACUGAUAUCAGAAGAUGUUCAAAUCUUGAUUCCAAUGCCUGAGUUAGAUAGAUGGUCGUAUUAUACUUUAAAGCAUUACAAAGCUCAGUACAAUUGUGAUCCACAGUCUGACUUGAGUUUGAGAUCCAUGUUGGGUGAUGAAGCUGAUGGGGUUCCUGGAAUUAAGGACGUGGUUCCUAAAUUUGGUCGAAAAACUGCACUAAAGCUCUUGAGAAAGCAUGGGAAUCUUGAAAAUCUACUUGCUGCCGCCACAGUGAGGACUGUUGGUAGACCCUAUGUCCAAGACACUCUUACGAAACAUGCCGAUUAUCUACGUAGAAAUUAUCAAAUUCUCUCUCUCAAGACUGAUGUUGAUGUUCAAUUUGAUGACAACUGGCUAUCUGAUAGAGACACUAGUAAUGAUUCAGUAACUAUAUCAAACUUGAUUCAUGACCUAAAUAAAGCAAAUGGGAAAUUUUGUGUGGCGUAACUGCCCCCCAUGAGGCUUUAAGCUCUCAAAAUUAAUGGAAUUUAUCAAGAAUUGCAGAAGAAGAAUCAACGGUUUGUGGCGAAAGUGGACUAAAAUGAUGUCUGUCAUUUUCAUAUUUAUUUCAUCCAUUUACUGAUAUUUGAGUUCAAGUGCUAUGUUGUAAGAGGGAGAGUGUGGUCACGUAAUCUCAGGAGACCACAGUUGAUCACUAACUUGAAUUUUGAACUCCUAAGAUUACAGUAGUUGUGUGUAAGUUUUGUAGUAGAAAACCUACUGUUCAGGGGGCAACUCCUUGUCAAAGCUAAGAGUGUGUGUGUAUGUUAUCUCGAAGCUUGGGAAGCAUGGCUCGUGACUCUGGGUUAGGCAACAGCCCAAGUGUAGCAACAGACGCAGCUAGCCAGCCAGCCACAGGCCAAUAGGCCUGGUCUGGCACAUCAAGAGGCAAGAGCUGAGUAGUCCAACUUGGCCGGCCGACGUGUCUAUUUCAGCCAAACGUCCAACAGGGCUGAAGAAGGAUCUCUAGUGUAACCGACAUAAUAGGUGAUUCUAUUGCAUAACGGGUCAUACCAUGCAUUAGGACACGCCCUCAGCGGUUUCCGGAGGCUUAUAGAGCAUAUCGAGAUUGAGCUGACCUCUACCAGACUACCAGUCACAUUUCCCUCCAUGUCGCCAUCUUUAAAUAUACCAGCCUCCAGGCUUCAACACUCGGACAAAAGGUGGCAAUGUAAUUGGAAAUAUUAUGUACUCCAUUUACACCGAUUCUAUCCUCAUGAGUUUUUCUUGAAAAGCUUUUUAUGAAUUAUGAGACAAUGCAUCAAAAUAAAGCAGGAUUAAUAAUUGUGAGUUGACUAUGAUUUCAUCCAUUUUGGCUCUCCUAAUAUGCGAGUUGAAUUAUUC